CAUUUGCCGUCAAGUCGGGUGCAUUUUGCCGGUGAGUCGUCACGAGGGCAUCGGUCGAGGCGGCGAAUGCUGGGUACGGCCGUUUUCACAAUGCGGUCGGUCCUUAGGGUGAACUCCAGCGGGGGCCGGACCGGACCGGCCGGGGCGGUUCUUGCCCGCGACCCGCGCCUUUGACACCUUUGUUGCGCGCAUGCGUGUGUCUUGCUUGCGCAAACUGGACUGUAUGAAGGGAAUAUUGUCCUGGCGGCGGAGGGUCCUUGUCGCACGCACGCACGCGCUCCGCCGGCUGUUGAAAGAUUUAUUGGAUUGGGGGAGGGGGCGGAGCCAAAGUGGAAGGUUGGCCCUGCUGUUGCUGGGGGAACAGAGAGGAUGAAAGCGUAUGUGUGGGGCUGGGGCUCGUGUUUCACUGAGCGAUGUUGACACACAUGGCGCCCGCCGCUGCUGUCACAGUGAGGCCGAACUGAGCGCCAGGAGGAGGAUGAAGGCUGAAUGGAGGUGCCGCGCAAGUCCUUGAGGGUGCCGGCCGGUCCCGGGGUCAUGCUCGGACCAAGAAAGACCUGGGACCUCGACCGCGCCCCCUGUCUGCGGGAUCUCUGGAAUAACGACUUCUCAUUGGACGCGAGCUCUGUAGACCUCCUGAUGAGCGACGGCGAGGAGGAAGCCUCCUUCCUUUCUCUGCCCAGCCCCGGCUUUUCUCAGCGCCCCUCGCCCGGUGCCGAGCUGAGCCAGUCCAACGCGGCCAGGCAGCAGCUGCUCAUCCAGACUCUGCAGGACAAAGUGUGCCGCCUUCAGGCUCGCCUGGACCAAGACGCCGCAGGAGUUCGGCCCGGGGACGAGCGAGCGGCGUCCUCGGGCGCCAUGGAGAUAGAGCAGCUCGGCAUGUGCUUGCACUCGCAGGUGGAGGAACUGCAGAAGAAGCUUGCCGGGCAAACGCAGGAAGUGGCCAGACUUGGCUCAGGACCGGGGGCCACAGACUUGGAGAAGCAUCUGCAGCUUUUGGAGCUGGAGAACCAAAGUCUGAAACGGCAGCUGACCUCCGGCGGGGCCUCGGAAGGCGCCUGCGGCUGCUCUCAGGAGGCGGAGGCUCUGCGCAGGGAGCUGAUUGGCGCCCGGCAGCGCGAGCGCCAGCUGGCCGACGUGGAGAGGCGGCUGCUAGACAAAAGCGCCCAGGUGGAUGCGUUGCAGCGCCAACUGGAGCGCAGCGCCCCCGCGCCGCCGGACCUCUCCGGUCCUCAUCCGGGACUUUGCCAGCGCGACCUCCGGGACCUUGCGCGCUGUGAAGAGGCGCCGCCGCUGGCCUCGCCGCUGGCCUCGCCGCUGGCCUCUCAGACUGCGGCGGAGGCGGAAUCUCGGCUACGUGUACAAAAUGCUUUGCUGCAAGAGCAAGUUUGCGUGCAGCGCCACCUGCUGAGGGAGCUGGAGACGCAACUGCAGCAGUCGCAAAGGACGUGCGCCCAGCUCAGGACGCAGGUGGCGGUGUACGACGGCGAGAUGGAGCGUGCGCACAAGCGGCUGGACGGCGAGCUGCUGCGGCUGAAGGAGGAGAAGGAGCGCGUCAUCCAGGAGGCCUUCGUCAGGGCUGAGAGCCAAAUGAAGGCCGUGCACGACAACCUGGCAGGUGUGCGCAGCAAGCUGGCGGGGCUCCAUCCCGCCUUGAGGACGCUCACCAGCGACUACAACACGCUGAAGAAGCAAGUGCAUCACUUCCCCGCCAUGCUGCGCAACGCCAUCGACGACGCCAAGCGCGAGAUCUGUCACCUGAUCGGCGAGGUGAGCGUGACCAACCUGAAGCUUGUGGACAAAUACAAACGUGAGAUGAACCUGAGGAAGAAGAUCCAUAACCAGCUGGUCCAGCUCAAAGGAAAUAUCCGGGUGUUGUGCCGCGUCCGUCCCGUCCGCGGCUGCGGGGAGGAGGGCGACGCGUUGACCUACGACCCGGACGAUGAUGGCGUCCUGUACCUCGACGACAAGGGCAAGGUGACGACCUUUGAGCUGGACAAAGUCUUCGGGCCGCAGGCGACGCAGGUGGAGGUAUUUGAGGAGGUGGAGGCGCUGGUCACGUCCUGCGUGGACGGCUUCCACGUUUGCAUCUUCGCCUACGGACAGACAGGCUCGGGGAAGACUUACACCAUGGAGGGCGUGGCGUCGGACCCGGGCCUAAACCAGCGAGCGCUGCGCCUGCUUUUCUCUCGGGUGGCCGACAGAAGCCCCGAGUGGGAAUUCCACAUCUGCGUCAGCAUGCUGGAGAUUUACAAUGAGGCGCUGAGGGACCUCCUCAGCGACCGGCCGGCGGACAGACUGGACAUCAAGAUGAAUCCCGACGGCAGCGGGCAGCUUUACGUCCCCGGACUGACACGUGUGGCCGUGCGUACCGUCGACGACGUCAACCAGGUUCUGGAGGCGGGGCGAGCCAGCCGGGCGACGGCGUGCACCGACCUCAACGAGCGCAGUUCUCGCUCUCAUGCUCUGCUCAUGGUCAGCGUGGCGGGACUCAACGGCACUACGGGGAUUCGCACGCAAGGUAAGCUGAACCUGGUGGACCUGGCCGGCUCUGAGCGGGUGGGCCGAUCGGGUGCCGAGGGCGGGCGCCUGCGCGAGGCUCGCCACAUCAACAAGUCUCUGUCGGCGCUGGGCGACGUGAUGGACGCGCUGCGCCGCAAGCGCGCUCACGUCCCCUUCAGGAACUCGCGGCUCACCUUCCUGCUGCAGGACAGCUUGCGAGGGGACAGCAAGACGCUGAUGAUGGUGCAGGUGUCUCCGGCGCCGGCCGACGUGAGCGAGUCGCUGUGUUCGCUGAAGUUCGCUCAGCGCGUUCGCAGCGUGGAGCUCGCCGCCUGCGGGAGGCCAGACAGCCGCUCGGCUUCGUCCUCGCCGACGCACCAAAGCCUGGAGAGGGACACUGCCCCGGGGCCCCUCCCCUUAUCCCGUAGCAGCAGCGCCGGCUCCUCCCUAAACUCCGCAGCGCCCGCCGGCUCUCGACGGAAAUCCAACGCGCAACUCUCCACGGGUACGUGCGCGCAAAGCAGCCUUUUGGAAAAGGUGCCAAGUCAAGCAUUUGCAAAGGAUCGUCGGCACAAAUGAUGAUCAGUCUGGCGAGCCGAAGCGGGUCCGCCGCAAAGCCCGCCGCCCUCCACUGCGGCCCGGCCUCAGAACGAACCCUGCCGUCAAAUUAGUUGGGGUUUUUUGCAUUCACAACGUAUUCUUGAUGAGCAACGUCACUCUUUGGCGCCGCAAGUCCAUCCUCAUUCGGGGGAGAGAGAGAGAGACGACAGUCGCUUAACAUGAAGUCACAAGUUUUAUCCCACUCACGGGCUGUGAAUCUGUAAAGUUCCUUUUGAAUGCCACUAUUGACGUUAGAUUUGACUUUGAAUUCAUCUCGCUCGAGUUUGCGGCGAUAGACGGUAGCGUAGUUGCGUUCGUCGUCAAUGCGCUUUUCAAUCCACGCUCCUAACCCUCAUUAGCCCGUUUGCGCCGCCUCCAUCCUCGGGAGAAACCAAAUGAGGCGAUUAGCCGCCCGUCCGUUCCAACUCCGACGUUGCUUUCAUAAACUUAUGCGCGUCACCCGACCUGUCACUUGUUCUUCGCAGGGCGACUGAAGAUGGCAGCGUGAGGAGCGCGCGCUGCGCGUCGCCAUGGCGACGGUGACGCCUUUGCCCGUCAACGCCCGACAACAGUGUUCCGCUUUCUUGCACUUUCCACAAACUGUUAUCGGUGCUCGUCUUUCAACGGACUUUGAGGUUUUCUUCCGAUGACGCCGCUCCUCUCGCUCCGGCCGGCCGAUCGAGCGAGCGAAUAUGCGAGGUGGACUUUUGCUAUCGACCAUAUUGGGUGCGUGACGUGACUGGAAGUGGUUGUUUGCUUUUUUUUUUUUCUUUUUUUUUUUCAUUUUUAAUAAACAUGGAAACUACAAACAUU